ACAUGGUCGUGGACCUUGACGUGGACGUGGUCGUGGGUCGUGGACGUGGUCGUGGACGUGGACAUGGACGUGGACGUGGACGUUGACGUGGACGUGGACGUGGACAUGGACGUGGACGUGGACGUGGACGUGGUCGUGGACAUGGACGUGGACGUGGACGUGGACGUGGACGUGGGCGUUGACGUGGGCGUGGACGUGGACGUGGACGUGGACGUGGGCGUUGACGUGGUGGACGUGGACGUGAACGUGAACGUGGACGUGGACGUGGACGUGAACGUGACCGUGAACGUGGACGUGGACGUGAACGUGGACCGUGGACGUGGACUGUGA